AUGUUCGUUUAUGACUUUGCUCGUCCCACAGAAGAGCAAGAAAUUCAUGAGUUUCUGCAACUGUAUUAUCUCUUGAGAGAACCUCUUAAUCAGGCAGCUCAAAUACGUCUGGAAGAUUUUCAGCCAGUUAUUCGAGGUGUUACAGAACGUUGCUUGGACAACCAACUGUCAGUUACCUGUCGUCAUAAAGAAACAAAUGAGCUUGUCGGAAUUAUGCUAUGCUCCAUAUGGGAUAGAUCGGAAGAAAGUGAGUCCUACUACAAUACUAGCACAAGAAACGAUCAAUUGGCAGCAGUUCAUGAUGAAAUCGUUAAUAUCGUUCAUAAUUCUUUUUGGAAGUUAGUUGACCCUACAGUUAAGAGAGUUAUUCAUCAAGAAAUGAGUAGUGUAUCAGAUGAAUAUCAAAGGAAAGGAAUUGCUACCGGAAUGUUGAACUUCUUCAUGGACAGAAGAUUAGAUGAGAUUCAUGACGCCGACGGUAUCGUUUCCGAGGUAUCGUCCUUAGCCAAUCAAAAAUUCUUGAAAAAGAAAAACUUCGAGACUCUUUUUGUUCUGAGAUACGAUAAUUGGAGAGAUUCAAACGGUGAAGUAUUCAUCCAACCGAGCGAUGGAUCUCAGCAAAUGGAACUUAUGUGGAAACCAUUACGAUGA